AAACACAGAUGUUACAAGCAGCACAUCAAAGGAAAUUGGAGACUUGUAACACUUUAACCGUCAUUUAUGGCAAUGACCCAGUCAUAUCAAGGACUACAACCUUCAUAACAGAUUAUUUAAUUGUUCUUGGUCUAUAGUAUUUGACUCAGGAUGAAGUUUGCAGAGCAUUUGGGGGCUCACAUUACCCCAGAGUGGAGAAAACAGUAUAUUCAAUAUGAGGCCAUGAAAGAAAUGUUAUAUGAAGCACAAGAGCAAGCACCAUCUCCUGAAGUGACAGAUGAAGCCACCAUCCACAGAUUUUUUGCACGGUUUGAUGAACGGUUUUUCCAGUUCUGUGACAAAGAGCUGUCCAAGAUAAACACAUUCUUUUAUGAAAAAAUAUCAGAGGCCAACAGAAAAUAUGCUAGCUUAAAGGCAGAACUGGAUGCUUACAAUGAGCAUGCCCACAAAACAUCCAGUUUGGGAGGCCUACGCCGACGGAAGCGAGACGGGGUGUACGCUCUCUUCAAAGACAAGGAGAACCAAGGAAUGUCCCACGCACGGAAGCACAAUGACUUGAAGCUGGCCUUCAGUGAAUUCUACCUCAGUCUUAUCCUGCUACAGAACUACCAAAAUCUUAACUUCACAGGGUUCAGGAAGAUUCUAAAGAAACAUGACAAGCUAAUGCAGACACAAAGAGGAGCCGAAUGGCGUCAGGGAAAUGUAGAGAUUGCCCCAUUUUAUACCAACAAAGAGGUGGAUCAUUUGAUCAAAGAGGUGGAGCAAGUUGUAACAACAGACUUGGAAGGAGGGAAUCGAAGUAAAGCAAUGAAAAGGUUGAGGGUGCCUCCACUAGGGGAAAAGCAAAAUCCAUGGACUACAUUCCGAGUUGGCCUUUUCUCAGGUUGUUUCCUGGUAUUAAUCGUCUGUAUUGUUCUAACUGCUGUUUUUCCAAUUGACACCAGCAUACAGUGGGACACAUCAGUACAUAUGUACCGAGGACUGUUCCUGGUCAUCCUCAUGAUAUUCCUCCUAGGCAUUAAUACUUAUGGCUGGAGGUCAUCAGGGGUCAACCAUGUACUCAUAUUUGAGAUUGACCCAAGACAUCACUUAUCACACCAACAGUUAUUAGAGCUGGCAGCAUUUUUAGCAGUGUUGUGGGCCUUAAAUGUCUUAGCAUUCCUGUACAGUAAAUUCCUCCAUAUCCCUCCCUACGCCUGUCCCCUGGCCCUGGUUGUAUUCCUUAUUCUGUAUCUCAUCAAUCCAUUCCGAAUUCUCCACUACAGUUCACGGAUGUGGCUGCUGAAAAUACUGUUUCAUAUUUUAACUGCUCCAUUUCACCAUGUGGGCUUUGCUGAUUUCUGGCUGGCUGACCAAUUAAACAGUCUUAGCACAGUGUUACUGGACUUUGAGUACAUGAUUUGUUUCUAUGGUUUUGAAGUGGACUGGUUGCCAAAUCCUGAUAAAUCAAAGAUUUGUUCUAGAAAUGUUUAUGCGGUUGCCAUUCGUGCUGUGAUCAGCUGUCUGCCAGCAUGGUGGCGAUUUGCCCAGUGUUUACGACGUUAUCGUGAUACCAGACUAGCAUUUCCUCAUUUAGUUAAUGCUGGGAAAUAUUCCACGACAUUCUUCAAUGUUUUGUUUGCAACACUCUAUAAAGUAGAAACAGUGGUAAAUAAUAACAAAGAUUCCAUCCAGAAUCAUUCUUUCUUUUAUCUAUGGAUAACAUUUGCCACCAUAAGUUCCUGUUACACUUUAACCUGGGACCUCAAAAUGGAUUGGGGUUUACUAGACUCCAAUGCAGGGGAAAACCGAUUUCUUCGGGAGGAGAUUGUGUAUGCCUACAAGGCCUAUUAUUACUUUGCUAUUAUUGAAGACUCCAUUCUAAGAUUUGUGUGGACUCUACAUGUCUCAUUAGGAGAAGGGAUUCUUUUUAAUCAGAAGGAGGCAUUAGUAACAAUAUUGGCAUCUUUUGAAGUUUUUAGGAGAUUUGUGUGGAAUUUUUUCCGAUUGGAAAAUGAGCAUCUUAACAACUGUGGACAGUUCCGAGCUGUGCGGGACAUUUCUAUAGCGCCGAUUGAUUCUAGCGACCAGAAUCAGCUGGAAGAGAUGAUGGAUGAGGAUGACGGAGUGUUUACGUAUCGUAGCGAGAAACGAAAAUUACUCUCAAGUCAUCACAGAAGGAGUAAAAGCUCAGCAUCGCUACGAACUCGACGAUCCUCUGCACUCUUGCGUUUAUUGGACCCGUCGAAAGAAGGAUAAACAUGAAGAAGAUACUAGUAAAAUCAAAUGGAAUUUCAAGGGCGUGUGAAAUUGUGUCUGAUUUUAGCAUCUGAACCCGACUGACACACUCUAACAGAAGAAAAACAGAGAUAUGAUGUGUUCAGGAGUGAAAGGCGGAGAGAUUUUUUUUCUGUGAUAAGUUUAGCAUGUGAUAUGUACAUGUAUGUGAGGAUGAGUGAACUGCUUUUCGUGAAGAGUGGAUAUGAAAAAAAAAAUGUAUAGUUCUCAUAUGAAGAUGAUGUUUAAUGAUUCAUUUUUAUUGUUAAAGUGACCAACUGCAACAAUUUCCAGACCUUUCAUUAUUCCUUUGAAUGAAGAGGAUCUCUUUAUUUUAGUCUUACACUUUUCAAAUGGAUUUAUUUUGUUAGUGUAUUUUCAGACAGUUAAGUCCUUAUUCCGUUUAUACUUUUUUUAAACAUGUAUCCGACAGUUAUUAUGAAAUCAGGAUCUCUCAUGGAUAUUAUCUGUCUGUCUCUUCCCUUUCCACAUACUCUAACAGUUCAUUUAUUAAGCUUUUAUCACUUCACAAGCAUAAAAAUGACAGGUAAAGGUAUAUUUAUAAUGAGGGAUUUACAGUAAAACUUGUCUAAUACCAUUGGUUGCAUGGAAAUUGGCUGGAUUAUACAACAUUCCAGAAAAGACAAUAAUUUAAACAAUUGAAUUUAUUGAAAGGGACUUUAAAGUUCACAUUGUAUUAGGCAUGAUUUCUGAAUACACAUCAUCCAGAUUAGACAAGUUUCCCUGUACAAGGAUAUCAAAUUCCUAAUCCCAUACAGUGAAUUUGUUUUGAAGUGGCGCAUCUGAAACUAUGACAUAGAUUUCAGCUUGUUUCAUUUAGACUUAUUUAAGAGAUGACAUGUGAUGUAAGGGUCCCCCCUUUUUUUUUUUACUGUAUAUGUAAAAUUGUAAAUCAUGUAAUUAUUUGAACACCUUUCUUUAAAUCAAUGUAAAUCUUUUACACUUGUUACUAAUUUGUUCUUGCAUUGAUAUUAUGUCAAAUCACACAUGGAGAAAUGGAUUGCUUAACCUACUUACAUGUAAAUGUUAGUUAUUAUGUAGAUGAUUUAGUGAUUUUUUUUUAAUUCACCUCAAUGAGGUCAGGGUUAUAUACUAUACCAUUAGCCGAGGCAAUCUUGGGUUAGUGAUUCUACAUUGGUCCAAGCCCAUGGAUACAGAAAAAGUUGAAUAUACAUGUACUGCCAAACAAACUUUUCCAUUUUCAUACACAACUGUGUUUAGCCCCAAUCACUAAAGAUUAAUAGUAUGUGAGACUUUGAGAGAGAUUUGUUGAAGUGAGCUGUGAAAUCUUUGAUAAUAUCACAUGUAUAUAGCUUUCGUUAUACUUUUCUUUUUUCCCUUUUUAUUAAUCUGUUUAAACAUUUUGUACUUUCCAGGCAUAUAGCCUGAUAUAGGCACUACAAAACAUAAUACCAGACUUAAAAAUUUAUUUUUUUUUUAAGUUUACACAUGUUGUUAUAACCUCAGUUGGAUCUGAGAACCAGGUAUUUUCCUUUGUUGAUAUUUUAUAAAAAUAUGUUUACAGAACAUGCAGUAUACCUGUAUGUUUACAGACAUCUAUUUGUUUGAUGUAAAAUACAUGUAUUUAAGAUUCAAUUGAGUAUUUUAUUUUUUUCCAGAUAUAUGUUUAUGUAAUCAGAUUUUUUUUUAUAUACAUGUAAUGUAAUCAAUAUACCUGUAGUACUGUUAAUAUUUGAAAUGUCAUGACACAGUAUGUAUUAUAAGUACAUGUAUUUUAAAAUGUGCAAAAUUUUGAGGUGCUUUCUUGGAAUUUAUUGCCAUUUAGUGAUAUCACAAUUCAGGUACCUAGGUGAUAUCAUCUAUUUAAUAUGUGAUAUCUCAAUAUGUGAUUCAUUCAAUCCAUAUUCAAAUAAGUGAUAUACAUAUUUAUAACCAGUUUCAUCUAUUAAUUUCCUCUAUUAGAAAUUAAAAAGUUAUUUCACUAAUUCAAAUAGGUAAUAUCACAGAUUUGCAUAGAAUUUAGUGAUAUUACUUAAUUUAAUAGAUGACAUCAGUUAUUUCAAUUAUAUUUGAAUUAAUAGCCACUCCUUUGAUUACAAAAUGCUGCAUACAAUUCAUAAUUUUUUUUUUUGUUUUUUUUUAACCAGAAUGUUAUUGGUUAUUGUUUAUCAGAGUCAGUGGCCUAGCAGUAGAAAUUUUUUCAGUUUCUUGGAGUUUUUUUUUUCUUUUUAAGUGAAAUAAAAAAAAAUGUGUGAUAUCUUUGGUAUAUUUGAAAUAUCUUUUAACUAAAUAUUGCUUGACAGGAAUAACAAUACAAAUAUGUGAUAUCACAUACUCAAUAUGAAAAUCAAUAUAAAAUAUCAUUUAUCAGAAUAUCACUAAAUGGCAAACCAUACCAUUCAUAUCUGUGGAGAUCUUUUAUUAUACAUUAAUGUCUUAAUUACCCAAAAGUGGGAAAGGGGGGUGUUUGCACACUGAAAAUAUGCCCUUUUCUCAUGAGCGAACUUGUAGAUAAAGCGGUUUCUUGGUACAUGAUAGAUUAUAUAGAUUUACAGUUACACAAUUACUUACUCUUUAAAGUAGUAUAAUGAGCUAUGUGUAGCAUAUUCAAGAUGUUGACUCGCUUCCAGAAAUUCAUGUGUAGAAAUUAUUAAACAAGCCUCUAAGUGACCUCUAAAGCUGGCUCCUAAUCAAAAAAAAUUUUAGUCGGCAAUGUAAAUUUUUAGUCGCCGGCAAAUUUUUUUUAAGCGCCAACUUUAAAAGCAAUAUACGAAACCAUUGGGUAAUU